AUGUUCGCGGCGACCACAUGGGCCUUGAAGAGGCUCCUCAAGUUUGUGCUGAAGCGCAACCUGAAGCAGUGGAUCGCCACCGAGAUAGACCUGGACCAGGUCGAGGUCCAGCUCGGCCAAGGCAGCCUGGAGCUGCGUGAGGUUCUUUUGAAUGUCGACUACAUAAACCAGCAGCUGGACCACACGCACUGGGAGGUGGUGACCGCCUUCGUGGGCUGCAUCAGGGCCUACAUUCCUCUGGCCUCCCUGUACCAGGACUCCUGCAGCAUCCAGCUCGUGGAUGUGUUCCUCACCGUCCAGCCCCGGGCGCAGCCGGGCCCUGCGCCGCAUGCGCCCGGCGCAGCCCCCGGCACACCAAGACCCCCGCCCCCCGCCCCCGCGGACGGCGUGUCCGACGGCAUCCGCAUCAUCGCCGGGGGUCUGGAAUCCCUGGUCCAGCGUCUGCAAGUCCAGGCCUCGAACAUCGUGGGGCGGGUACUGCUGCCCUCGCAGCACAGCAGUACCCCCCCAGCCCUCCUGGUCCUCACCCUGGAGCAGCUGAGCUACACCGGGGCCGAGCCGGAGGCCUCCAGCCUGACCUCGGCGCCGCGGAGCACGCGCAGCGUAGACUUCCGGGGCCUGGCCCUCGGCGCUAAGGGGUGCGGGGGCACGAUGUCCGUGACCCUGGGCCUGGGCCAGGGGUGUGGCACGCCCCACCCCACCGCCUCGCUGGGCUUGACCAUGGGUGGCCUGGCCGCCGACCUGACCGCCGGCGGCCUGGCCACCCUGGACCGCCUGGCAACCGUGCUGCGAGGCAUGCUGGGGGCGGGGGGCCAGGCCCCAGGGACGAAGGGGGCGGGCCCUGAGCCCUGUCGCGAGCAGCAUGACCCCCCUGGGGCCUGGGCGUCGCGCUCCCUGCUGGAGAGCCUCAUGCUCCCCGACUGCGAGGACCUGGUGCUGGAGGCCUUUGCUGGCGCUGAGUCUGAGCUGGAGGUCCCGCCUGACGAGGAGGUGAGCGACCCAGACUUCUGGGAUGCCAGGUCUCAGACCGCCUCCUUCUGCAGCACCAGCUCAAGGUUCCAGUCCGUGUACAGCUCCGACUCCCGCACCGGCUCUGUGUGGAGCAGCGCUGGAGCCUCCAUGCAGACAGCUGCCACGCCAGCGCUCGCUGCGCCUGAGAAGACGCUGUCCCGCUUGCACGACCUCACCGCCUCCAUUCGGGAGGUGGCAGCCCCGCUGCAGUGGAGCCUCUCGGCCAAGCUUCCCCGGGUGCAGGCCACCCUGCCAUACCCAGGCACCGACGACCAGCUGGUCCUCAGCUUUGAACACGUCUCGCUGCAGCUCCGGGGCCAGGCACCCUGCAUCCUGGCUGGCUUGACGCUCCAGACCUUGGAGCUCGUGGAAGAGAGGUCGGCGGCCGUCGACGUGGCAGAGGAUCAACACAUGACGGCAUGCUGCUCGCUGCCUAGCAGCGUGGGACCCUGCCCAGACUAUGCCAGGCCCGGGCCGUAUGACCCUGACGAGAGCCCCCUGAAGAGCACGCUGGAGCAGCUGUCGGAUCUGCACAUCCCAGACCGGGCUGGGACAGAGGCACGGCCGAGCAGCACGGCAGCCUACCCCUUCCUCUUCUGCAGCGGCAGCGAUGCACAGGGUCUUAGCAGAUCAGGCGCGGCAGCGGAUGAGCGCGCCGCUCUCACGCUCUUCUGUCAGAGCGGCGGCAGCGGCACAGGGUGGGACACGCAUGUGCACCUGGCCCCGCUUUCCUGCUGGCUGAAUUUGCCGGCUGCCGAGCGCCUGCUGGCCGCCGUGGAGAGGUUGGCGGUGGGCAUGCACGAUUGCGCACCGGCGCCCGAGGUUGCCGGUUGUGGUGUGGCAGUCAGCCCCAGCACUUUGUCCCCGGCCGUGUCCAGCCAGAGCCUGGGCACAGAUAGGCAAUCCUCCAUCUCCCUGCCGGAGCUGGAGCCCUCCCUCAGCAUCCACUGCUCCCAGCUAUGCCUGCUGGUGCCCCUCCCCCUCUCCGCCUGCGCAAGCGGCCUGGACGGCUCGUCGGCGUGGCCCGGCCCGGGGUCCUGCCUGGCCCUGAUCACAUCGCUGGGCUGCGGCGACCCACUCGUGCACGCACAGGCCAUGCAAGGCGUGCGCGAAGUCGACAGCGCAGACUGCAAGCCUGAGCUCGCCGCGCUGCACCACAGCUCAGCCCUGACGCUGGUGGUGCGGCGGGCCCCGCCGGCCAGGCUGAGCCAGGUGUUCACCAGCCUCCAGCUGGCAGGAUGUGGUGUCUGGAGGUCCAGCGAGCCAGAGGCCCUGCUGACCUCCUUGGAGGCGAGCACAAGGCAGGAGUGCACGCACGCGCUACGAGCCUCCGGCCUCCACGUGCACCUCGACCUCGACCCUGCCAGACUCGCACCCCUGGCGCCCCUCCUGGAGGCCUGCCUGGGCCUGCUCCCCGCGCCGACGCUGCCCGGCGUGGAGCUGGCCACCCAGAACUGCCUGUCCCUCGACGCGGCGGCCCGGCUGACGCUGCGCGACGCGGCGGACCGGCCCCUCUUCCACGCCGAGGUAGCCGGCUUCCAUGCUUUCUUCGUGGCGGGGCUGGGCAGGGUGCCGGGGGCCUCGGCCGCCGUGCUCACUCUCGAUGGAGCGGACCUGGCCUGCGCCCAGACUGGGGACUUGCUGCUGCAUGGCGGGGGCCCAGGGGCGAGCGGCCCCACCCUGGCCCUGCUGCAUCUCUCCAGGCAAAGCGAUGUUGGGGUCAAAUGA